AUGGACGCCGACGCGUUUUUGUCGUUGGUCAAAACCGAGGUGAACGUGGAGGCCGCACAACAUCAGAAUUCCACAGAAUCCACCAGCGACGACACAAUCAAUAGUAUUGAUUGGAAUGAGACGUGAGUUGUUUUGCUGUGAAAAUUGAGCUGAAAUUCCGGAUUUUUAGCUCAUUUUCAGCCAAAAUUUGAAAAAAUCACGAUUUUCGGAGCACAAUGAGCCCAGAAAUGAUGAAUUUUGCUUAAAAAUCGGGGAAAAACACACGGCGGACUAGGUUUUUAGUUUGGUUUUCUAGUCCUCGCGUUUCUUCGGCCACCUUUUUCGAAAAUUAAUUUUCGAGUUUUUGCUCAUUUUCAACUGAAAAUCACUAUUUUCGGAGCAAAAUGAGCCGAGUUUUGCUCAAAAAUCGGGGAAAAACAGCCGGAGGACUAGGUUUUUAGUUUGGUUUUCUAGUCCACGGCCACCCAAAUGUUUUUUUUUUCGAAAAUCCACGAUUUUUGCAGAGAAAAUGGCGAAAAAGUGGCGAAAUAUCGAAUGUUUUUCGAUACGCGCGAGAAAAAGCUGCAGGAGAAAAUCGAGUUUGUCAAAAUUGUCUAUCGAUUCAAAAAUCAGCUUUUUGGCGAUUGCGAUGGUCAUGAGGUGGGUUUUGGCGCGAAAAUUUGAAUUUUUGGCUCAAAAUUCAUCAUUUUCAACAUACAAUUCAAAUUUUCAGGUAACCCCGCGCUCAAAAGAAGACGCGUGGAAAAAAGUGGCGGCCGAAGUGGAACAAUACGGCCUCGAAAGUUACAAAGGCAAACCGUGGGCUCGACUGCGCGAUCACGAUUGGCAAUACGUUCGAAGACACGCCCUUUCAAGGCAUGAAAAUACGAAUCGGCCGAUGGGGAAGUUAGGGUAAGUUCGGGCUCAAUUUUUGGAGCAAAAUGAGCUAAAACAGGUCAUUUUUCACCAAAAAUCUCGUGCUUGAGCUCAUUUUUCGUCAAAUUCCAUUAAAAACUCCAAUUUUUGCAGUGAACUCGACCGAAUUGUGCUCGAAAUCAUCUCGACAACCGCUCUGGCAAAUGCGGUGAACCAAGCCAACAAUUCGCAACUCUUCAUCUCGCAAAACUCCCAACAAAAUGUUUCUGUGGAGAGCAAUAAUAGUGUGGAGCAGUAUUUGAAGACGUUUUUGGGAGCUGUAAAUCAGGACAGUGCUGAAACACCGGUAAUUUUUGCGAUUUUCUGAAAAUCCGCUGAAAAUCAUGAAUUUUGAGCCAGAAAUCAUGAAAUUUGGACAAAAAUAGGUACGGUAUGAUCCUUUAAAGGUGCAAGUUGGGUCUUGGCACGAUUAGGUGAAUUAUUGUAUGCGCCUCUAAAUUUUCUGCUAGAAAAUUGGUUUUGCCACGUCAUAGCUAAUUUUUAGCGCCAAAAAUCAGCUAUGACGUGGCAAUUUCAAAGGCGCAUACAAUUACUCACUUCUUUGUGUCAGAACCCAACUUGCACUUUUAAAGGAGCAUACCGUACCUAUUUUUGGCCAAAUUUUUUGAUUUUUAGCUCAAAAUGCUCCAAAUUUCUCAAAUUUUUGCUUAAAAUGCUCCAAAUUUCCAGGAGCUCAACGCCAGUUUCGAGAUCAAAGAUCAAAAUGUGGUGCAAGCGGAACCAUCCUCAAAUUUGCUAGUAGAAAUGUUGCACAAAGUCGGCGUGCCGCAAUGUCUCUCAGUCGACGCGGCGGCGAAUUUCGCCGCCGCGCGGAAAUCGCCUAUUCCAAAUUCCGCGUCAGCCGCAUCCGGAGCAAAGCCGAAAAUGACGUCACGCUCGCAAACAGCUCCCUCAGUUGUGCUCUUCAACACACCGCCGCCAAUCAAUAAUUCACCACCUGGACCUUCGGCCUCUCAAGGGCCUCCGCCGCACAAAAAAGCCCGGAUUUGGCCCGAAAAAGAGCUGGAUUUCGAGCAAAAGCGGGAAAUUUUGAUUUUGAAGAAAAUGGAGGUCGAAAUUCGACACUUUGAAUUGGAAAAUGAGAAAUUGGAGAGGUAAAAAAUUAUUUUUUAGGCCGUGGCCUAGAAAUUCUUCGGCCACCAUUCGUUUUCAAAAUCAUAAUUGUUCUUUCAGAGAAAUUCGAAUUCUCGAGAGUCAAGAAAAACGUGCUGCAGAAUUGCAUCAAAUCGAAAUGCGCGCCGCCAAAGCAAAAUUGCAACGAGGCUCCGCCAUUGACGAGGGAAAUUUGUGA